AUGCGGUUCCUCGGGGCUGCGGUGGUGGACGAGCUCAAGGACAUCGCGCGGAACCUGCGCCGCCUGCCCGUAGUCGACCUCUCGGGGGCCACGGUCGCGCUGGUGGGCGCGCCCAACGUGGGCAAGUCAUCCCUCGUCCAGCUGCUUUCCAGCGGGCUGCCGGAGGUGUGUGACUACCCCUUCACCACGCGCAGCAUCAAGGUCGGCCACUUCUUCGUCGACGGCAUGCGGCACCAGGUGACAGACACCCCCGGCCUGCUGGCCCGCCCCGACCCGGAGCGGAAUGCCAUGGAGCGGCUGACCCUGGCCACCCUCCUGCACCUGCCCACCUCUGUGGUGUUCGUGGCCGACCUGACGGGGCAGUGCGGGACCAGCGUGGGCAAGCAGUGGGCCAUCAGGCAAGAGCUGAAGGCGCGAUUUCCCAACAAGCCCUGGCUGGAUGUGUGCUCAAAGGCCGACCUUUUGGAGGCCGAGUUCCGGGUGGCCGAUGCCCAUCGGGCCGGGCAGGGCACCACCCAGCCUCCUGAGGCGCUGACCACGGCGGUAGAGUGGGCGGUGCACGUGCCAGAGGCGCUGCGCGUCUCUGCCACCACAGAGCAGGGACUGGACGGCCUGAAGGUUAGCCUGAGUGACACGGUGCGGGCGGCGCUGGAGAGUCUGGACGCCUGGGUGGAUGCCGAGGAGGCCUGA